GUCGUCGUCGUCUCCUCUCAUCAUCAUCAUCAUCCGCCUCUUCCCAAUCAUCCCCCUCGUCGUCGUCUUCGCCGUCGCGUUUGACAUGGCGGACGCGGCGCGCAGCCCCGCGCCAUGAGCUCCGCGAGCGGCCACACUGCUGCUGCUGCUGUUCACCUCGGCGGGAGCGCGAGAGCGGCGGCCGAGUGGGAGGGACGCGGGAGGCGACGCGGCGGAGCGGCGGAGGAAGUGAACUUGGCGAGCAUUUGAGGAGAGUGUGACACCCCUGACGACUUGUGGAGAGAACCGUGGCGACGAUGAGCGAGUUGGACCAACUCCGCCAGGAGGCAGAACAGCUCAAGAAUCAAAUCAAGGAUGCGAGGAAGGCGUGUGGAGACACGACCCUCACCCAGAUCACGGCCAACAUGGAUCCCGUGGGUCGAAUCCAAAUGCGGACACGACGCACGCUGCGUGGACACCUGGCCAAGAUCUAUGCCAUGCACUGGGGCUCCGACUCGAGACUGUUAGUGAGCGCCUCCCAGGACGGCAAACUCAUCAUAUGGGACAGUUACACGACCAACAAGGUACAUGCGAUCCCCCUGCGCUCGUCCUGGGUGAUGACCUGCUCGUACGCGCCCUCCGGUAACUACGUGGCGUGCGGCGGCCUCGACAACAUCUGCUCCAUCUACAGCCUCAAGACCCGCGAGGGCAACGUGAGGGUCAGCAGGGAGCUGCCCGGCCACACGGGUUACCUGUCUUGCUGCCGCUUCCUGGAUGACAACCGCAUCGUGACCAGCUCCGGCGACACCACAUGCGCGCUGUGGGACAUCGAGACGGGGCAGCAGACGACGGCAUUUGUGGGCCAUUCGGGCGACGUCAUGAGCCUGGCCCUGGCCCCCGACGGCCGCGCGUUCGUGUCGGGCGCCUGCGACGCCUCCGCCAAGCUGUGGGACGUGCGCGACGGCAUGUGCCGGCAGACCUUUUCCGGGCACGAGUCCGACAUCAACGCCAUCUGCUUCUUCCCGAACGGCAACGCGUUCGCGACGGGCUCCGACGACGCCACGUGCCGCCUGUUUGACCUGCGCGCCGACCAGGAGCUCGUGCUGUACUCCCACGACAACAUCAUCUGCGGAAUCACCUCCGUGGCCUUCUCCCGCAGCGGGCGCCUGCUGCUCGCCGGCUACGACGACUUCAACUGCAACGUGUGGGACGCCAUGAAGGCCGAGCGCGCAGGUGUGCUGGCUGGACAUGAUAACCGCGUGUCGUGCCUUGGAGUGACGGAGGAUGGCAUGGCGGUGGCUACUGGUUCCUGGGACAGCUUCCUCAAGAUCUGGAACUAAGAGCACAACACAGCCCCGUGCACCACCACCACCAUCACCACAACUACCACCACCGACAUCACCACUUGCAGCUCACAUUGACGAGGUUUUAUGCGGUCACUUUAGAGUUGGGUGAUGCACUCCUCUCUCCAAUCCCUUGCCACCUUCCCCCCUCCCUCUGAUGUCCCCCGACUCGCACGUCAACGUGCGUGCGCAUCGACGACAGUCUGACAAGAAGACACGCUGUUGGGUGGUGGUGGUGACUCGGGUGUAGUGUUCACAGCCUCUACCCCACACCCUCUCACCACCUUAUUCCCCUCACCACCACCACCGCCGCCGCAUGCUUCUUAGCGUCACUGACUUUGUCUUCCUUUUAAACAAUUCACAUCCUGGCCCUUCCCCCCCCCCCUCCCAUCUCUCAGUAGUAAAUGGUGGCACAGCCCAAGCACGUGGUCACGAAGCUUCACGAUCUAGAUGGUUGCAUUGGCUUGAGAGCUGCUGCUGGUGGUGAUGUUGGUGAAGGGGUGGUGCGUUUGAUGUGGGGCCCAACCAGGGCUCCCGCUGAUCCUCCGCUGUUCCCCCUCUCCCAUGUAGUUUUGUCAGCUGAUGGUAACGAAGCCUCGUUGCCCGCCCGUGACGUGAAGGGUGACCGGGGGGGCUACGCUAAGCGGGUUGGGGAGGUGGCUGACAGCGUUGUCGUUAGCCGGGGGGGGGGGGGGGGCAUGGUGGCAUGGGCGGGGGUGGGGGAAUUGAACGUGUUGGUGGGGUCACAGGUCGCCCCUAGUUGGGGGCGAAGGUCAGACUAAAGCAAGCAUCCCUGUAAAACUUCACAUUAAAAUUAUUCUCUUGCUCGGCUCGUUCGUUCAAUAGCAACAGCGCGAGGGGCUGCUGCUGCGGCGGCCUGUUUGUUAGCGUAGCGCGGUGGCGGUGGCGGCCCUGGGGUCCCCCCCCCCCUCCCUUGCACUCGCCCUGGGGGUACCGAGUGCUGGGGUGGGGGGCGUCCUUGGGGGGGGGGGAAGGGGAGGGGGCUGCAGGUGUAGGGGGGGGCCCCCAGGCAGCAGCAGCAGUGGAGUAGGGGGGGAGCCGUUAACAAACUAUCACCCGCCCCCCACCCCCGGCGUCACGGGGACACGUAUUUUUGUUAUUUUUUUCCCCCGCUCGCGGGAUGGGUGACAUAUCCCCCCAAGUCAGUGGUUCCGCCGCUCUACUGUAUAUUACGCAAAUACACGCAGUUUCCACUUUUGAAAACGUAUCGUCAGCUCCGCAGCCAACACCGUUGGGAACCGGCGACGUCAGGAGGAGAGGAGCGCUUUGGGGGGCGGCGGGGUGGUUUUUGUUGAGUGAGGCCGGUAGGACGACGAUGACGACGAUCGUGAAACCACAUUCCAGCUUUUUACUCUUCGCUGUAGAUUAGGGGGGGGUGGGGGGGCAAAGCAGGGGGGGAGGGGGGGGAGGUGCCACCGAGGGUAAGCGGGGGGGGGGGGGGGCUCACUGAUGGUGGGAGAGAAGAGAGACGAAUCGGUCAGCUGGGGGGGCGGCAGGUUGGCAGGAUUGAUUAGAUUACACGCUGGACUGUCGGAGGGGUUCUCUGCAGAAUGGGUCCGACUGUGGGGGGUGCUGGUUGUGACCCCCCCCCCAUCCCCGAUCACUCGUGGGCUGUGCGCGUGCGACGUUGCUCGCCAGAUGGGGGGGGGGGGGGCGGGGGUUCGCUUUGACGUUUGGUUCUUCGUCGCUUUCGCGGCCCCAAUCUUCAAAGCGAUGGAGCGUGCGUCCCCCCCGUGGGGAAAGCAACCGGCCGCUCUCUCAAACGGCAGCAGCGGGGGGGGGGGGGGGGCGGUAGAGUUGUGUGCCGUCGCGUCUCUGUUCGUCAUCGCUGGUGGGCGGGGGGAGGUGGGGUGGGCGUGAUUUUUGUUUAACCGGGUGAGAUGUUGGGGGGGGUGGGAUAUCGUCUCUUUGUUUGGCAAGUGACCUGGAUCUACCGAAGUGACAAACCUUCAGGUUUUACACGGAGACGAAGUUUGCCCUCCCUUUUUUUUAAAAUGGAAUUUCCGGCCCAAGAUGCACCGCGAAAUGCGGUCUCUCCAUCGUUUGAAAUGAAAUCUAUCGGCGUAAGCGGCUCACCGCCGCCUCCUGGAUUAUGGCUUUUUGUUGCCACGUGUUCGCGCAAGAUAUUGAUUGUAGGGUUUCCACAAACCCAGCAUGUUACAGUAUCAUCACACGUGUGUGUGGAUGGGAAUGGUCGACUCUUGCGCGCGUGCGCACACACAUCACUGCAUGUGCCGUGAGCCUAAGAAUCCGUUUCAAUCGGCGGAUCUGUCACGUGUCUAUUUACACGGGGUUGCACAGCAACCUGGAUAUAAUCAGAAUAAAGUUUUGAGUUGCGCAUCUUAAAUAACCCCCGCCCACUCAGUCUCGGGGACUUCCAGGAGGAGGGGGAAGGGGUUCUUCGUAGGAGAAGUUUGGCCAAUAUCAGGAGAGUGGACGCGACUGACGUCCCCGUUUUUAGGCCUACCCACUGCGAAACGGCCUUCACCCGUCGCGUCACCGCGAGCAUCUUUGCCGCACUAAUUGGGGUACUCGAGGGGAGAGAGGGGUGGGGGGAUUCGUCGAGCUGGCAACAACAACGCUGCAUUUCUCAUUUUAACGUCGCACUCUGUGACCGGCUUCCCCUCCGUGUGCCCGUGUGGACGCACGGUUUUUGGAUCAUAGUCGGCAAGGGAUUGUGUUGAUGUUGAUGUUGGGGGGGGGGGGGGUGAGGGGAUCAGCACCAAAGGUAAAUUUUGAAGUUCCGAUUUUGGCCCAGGAAAGGCUUCCCCCCCCCCCCCACCCCCGAAGAGAGGGUGCGCUUGUAACGAGUGACAGCCUGUGCUGGCGAGGUUGGAGUCGCGACGAGGCAGCGAGGCGUUUGCGAGUUGAGAGAGAGGGGUCACUUUUGCCGACGCUGCCUCGUCCGCACACCGCGCCGGCUCCGAGCGGGCGUUGAAAUCCCUCCUUUGAUGUUGGCCGUCACGUUAACCCGAUAACUUUUUUGUGUUUUCCUUUUUUGGGUAUUUUUAUUUCGUGGCUUUUGUACCGGUCGUAAUUUUCCGUUCGCCAAGGCACGUGCCACAAAAACCAAACUCCCGAGAGUGUCUUAAGUUUAUUGUUGCCUGCAAUGUUUGUUGUUUAUCUUUUCAUCGGGGGUUUUCUCGCCUUCAUUUUCUUGUUCUUUUUUUGUAAACCGCAGCCGUUCAUCUGAAAUGCGUUUUGAUUUCUCGUCACCAAAAUCGCCUGCGAGUCGAGGUGGGCCAACAUGCGCUUUGCGGUCGCCACCCUGAAGCAGAAAAUUCCAGCCGCGGACCACUUUGUUGUUUUUUCCCCCCCCGGGGCAGACUGUAAACGCCGUCGCGCUACCUUUUAACUCAUGACGGUCGUGAUAAUAACGACAAUUAAAAAAUAUAUAUAUCGCGCUGUGACAUGGCGAGCAAAUUUUUCAAGGGCGCUGAACAAACGACCAAUAAACGUUCAACCUUCGUCUUUAGUCCCGCCGCAGAGUGACAACGCAGGGUUGUGGCUUCACUCGUGGAUGGCCGACAAGGUGAGUUGCGGUGUCGAUUGACUGCAGUUGGCCCGGCACAGCUUGGUCACAGCUUGGUCACAGCUUGGUCACAGCUUGGUCACAGCUUGGUCACCGCUUGGUCACACGGUUAUCGACGGCUCCUGGCCCGGCCGGGCCGGCAAGGGUGAAGCCACCACGCUCGCCCAACAUCGGUUUGAGACCCCCCCCCCCCUCUCUUGCAGCCGCGCUGUAACAAUGCUGCCUUCAGGGGUGUUCCCCCCCCCCCCCCCCCUUCUAAAGAGAAGACGCUAGGGACGAGUGCGUCUGGCAGAGGCCGGCAUUUUCUGCUCCUGUAGCGCCGAGACGGACCACACGCCGUCCCGCGUGCGGCGUUGUUUGCGCGCCCCGGUGUUACGCCGCGUCCACGCCUCUCGGUGUCCCGCCACCGACCCACGUGUACAUAUGCACCGCUCGCCUCCCCCACAGGUGCCAGCCACAACAGAGCCGUGGUGGAGAGCGAGAGAGCCCCCCCUCCCCAGAGUCGCACGCCACCAAGAACCGGUGAUUUUGCGCUCACGACGACGCUGAUGAUCACUGCUACUCGUAUAUAGGUUAAACACCACGCGGUGACGGGUUCAUGGGGCACGGGGGUGCAUUUUUGCUUUUGGUAGAAUAAUUACCAUUCGAUUAUUGUUACUGUGACGGAUUUUAACUGUAAAAUAUAUCGACUCGAUUCCUUCUCUCUAUUUUGUUUUGUUAUUGCGGUAUCUCUCUUGGUAGGCCUUCACAAUUAUAAUUGUGAUUUUUACCGUCGUUUUUUUAUGUUCGCAAAAAUGUUGGGCCGGUUCACAGGGCCUGCCUCGUUCACCUGUCGUAACAAUAACGCUCCGGUUAUUACUUUAACCCGAGGUGAAGGGGGACUUCUGACCCGCCGAGGUCGUCACGAUGAUCCUGUCUUGAGGGUUCCUGCUCUUUUAUUGGGGGGGAGGGGCGGGGUUGAAUGUGUGGCCAAGUUUUUUAAUUGACGUGCAGCUCUGGUGUGGGGAAAUUUUUUUUUUCUGUUGGCAUCAUAAGGGAUGAGUUUAACGCCGGUCCUCACCCUCCCCCCUCCUUUUUACAUUUGGAAUUUGCCUUCGUUUUUCAACGGAGCUUUUAAACUUAAGUGACGUAAAACUUUAAACCCCACUGUGUAGACGAUAUUUAAUAAUCCCUAAGUGCGCUUUUACAACAUCUCUUUUAUUGGAGGAAGCCGGAGAACCCCGGCAACAUUAAGAAGGGAAACGCUCAAAAGAUUGCCCCCACCGCCCCCUUCACGCAUCACCACCCAGCACGACACGUGGCAGGGGAGGGAGUCUUAUCCCUCCCCCUCCAUCCCCACUCGUGCUGCUGGACGGGAGGUGAUGGGGUUGGUGAUGUCAUCGAGGUAAUCCGAGCUGGGGGUGGCCUGGGAGGGCGAGCGGAGUGACGUCGUCGUCCCAGGGUUGCGGUGUCCCAUCUGGCUGCAGGGUGGGGCGCGAGUUGUGGCCGAGCAAUCUUCCCCGCUUUGCUUUGGGUUGGGCGAGCCGCCUCCUGGCGGUGGUGGGUGGUUGUGAUCUUCACACGCAACAUUUGUGCGGCAUAUUGUACGGAAGGAAUUCGAUAAAAUUGCACCCUGUCAGCAGUUACGUUUGGCAAAUAACAUCGCAGACACUGAUGGGGGACUCCGAGUAUGCGAAGCCAACCAAUUUACAGAUUCCUUUUUAAAGGCUAUCUUGGUCCUCCCCGAUGGUCCCAUUGCGAUGAUUGCAAGUUAUCCGCGGCCGAUAUGCCCUUGGUGAUUGUUCUUAUUCUUUGGGCUGAUGUCGUGAACAAAACCCGUAUGAAUGACGCCAACAGAAAGAGAAACCGAUAGAAGCCAAACGACGGGAGUUAAAUAAAACUGAGCUGCAAAGAAUCGAUUUUUCCCCUAUCCAAUCGUCAACCGAGAAUCGUGAAAUCUUAAUCUCUCAUGGGAAGGAGGUGGGUGCGGGCAGUUGCCAAGUCAUUGCCAGACCCUGACGGGGGUUGUCAACGUCCCGUGAUAUUCCGUGUCCAGAUUGUUGUAUUUUGUUUUGUGCACACACACGCACACCUGUGGUGCCUGCCUUGGAUCGCCGAUGUCCUGUUGUACCCCCCCCAGCUAUUUCUGUUGUCCAUAGAAACCCCUUCAUUAAAACUUCCAACAGCUGCCCUCCCUCCAUCCCUCCCUUGCCUACCCCGAGUUUGCUCCGCCUGCCGUUCCUCCUCCCCAGCACCGUUACGGGUUGAUGGUGGUGCAACGGGGACACGGAGAGAAUGUGUGGUGAUGGUCGUGGUGGAGGUGGAGUGCCCGGUCCGUAGUGUGCUGUAAACUGCGACAACUCGGAGGAAUUAUUUACCAGAGUUGAGAUCGGUGGGGGUUCGUUUUGUUUAAAUGGACACAUGGGGGUGAGGGGGGGGACGAAUGAAACACGUGUUGUCUGGAUGAUGCGAACAGCUCUUACAACUUUCUCGUCUCAAACCCGUUGAACGCUGUUCCCUGCACACAACGCAGACUUGAAGUGACCCGUGGUGAUGUUUUUGGCGUGUUAGGGUUGUCCAGCGGGUUGGGUCGUCACCCGGUGGUGUUUUUUUACCGUUCUACCGAUCGGUAACGAUCAACCCCCCCCCCCCCCCCCCAAAACCAUCCCCCAGAAUCAACGUUCUCACGUUCAAAAAGAUGAUAAAGAUGGACACGAACCUCCCCGUUUUUAAAAAAAGUAAACUUUGAAAGGAAACCAUUUAACGACGCUCAAGACAAUUAAAACAAUUUUAAUCAAAAAAAUCUUUAAAAGACAAAACUUAAUCGCCUAAAAGAAGAAUAACUCGUGAUUUAUUGCAGGUUUUUAUAAAUAUAUGAAUAUAAUCGACUUUUUAACGUAGCUUUUUGGUGUGUACUGUAGAAGCGGUCUGAGUGUGUGGCUGGCUUCUGGUUGAGUGGGCACCCUCCCGACCCCGCCGCCUCCCCCUACCUCCCCAUGUUCGCUUUAAAACUAAAAAAAAAUGCCUUUUUCAUUUCGCUGGGAACGUCGCUCGGUUCUGUUUCCUCGCGCUUCCGUCUCGCUCUGUAAAACGGAACAAUGUGCGUUAACGGCUACGGACUCUCGUGUCUCUUUAUUUCUGAUUUUAUUUCUGAUUUUAUUUCACCCUCUUGGGGUUUUUCUGACCGCACAACCGAGCCAGGCGCGGGUCGGGAGGCACCCGCUUGGUGGUUUUUGUUGUUUCCCCACUGCCUGGAGCCGUGCCGUGCCGCCUACCACGCAACGCAAUUGAUGAGUCGAGUCGUGGGUAAAAGUCCAACGUGAAACCGACACCGACCUACGACCGAAAAUAUUUGCGCCCCCCGCUACUCUGGCCCUGCUUGGCCCCCCAAGCCAAAUUCAGAUGUUUUGCGAGGCCUCAGUUUCACGGCUUGGUUCUGGCUCGGCUCGACAAAAUAGCCAGUGGAAAAACCACCCCCCGUGCUCGGAUGUGCCAUGGUAAAGAAGAGGUGUUUGUGAUGAUAGGUGGGGUGGGCUUUGGAGUCCCACAGUCCGCUUUGUGGGUCCUGUGCCUUGUUGUGCAUGGAUUCAGUUUCACUUUGGUCUUCACGGUCUGCCGCCUCAACAUUUUACUCUCGGUGGUAUUUACAUUUUGGAGAAGAUGAGUUCCGUUUUUGUCUCGAUACUAAAAUAGCUGUGGUCCCGUCCCCUCCUCACACAAUCGCCGCCUCACCCCCUGCUCACGAACUCUCUCGCCUACGCCUCCCCCAACCCAUGUGGUUUAUAUUGGUGCUCAGCUUUCUCUCAUUUUGGACACCAGACGUUUUAAUCUUUCAGCUGCAAAAGCCCCGAUGGGCUAUGAAGCUCUUCUAUCACACGUCCCAAAACCCCCGUGCCAUCCCAAGAUGAUUGAUAACAAUGGCCUUUAUACCCAGGAAGCUUCCUAGAGUAUCCACGUUGCUUGCUUGAGGAGGGUCCUGCAUUCAGAGUGUUUGAGUAUCCACAGAAACCUCACCGUGCAGACGUAGGAUGGAUAAACACUCAAGGUCUUCGCGGAUAAUCUCGUGAGCUCGUUUGCGUUUUACCUUCCAUUUGGCUGGCCACUUUCGCCCCGUGGAGUUGCGAGUAUCACAGCUCUUGCCUCCUGAAGCGAUGACUCGCGCACCCACCAACCUGACGACGGUGACGAUGGUUGUGAUGAGGUCCACGGGACCUGUUUGAUCUCACCGUGCCCCCCCCCCCUUGCCUCGUGGCAGCCGUCGAUCUAAAUCCGCCCCGCGAUCCUUCGGUGCACACUCGACUCCGAAACCCGUCUCUCCAUCCACACGCUCUUCCCGUCGCACGCACCGCGUCUCUCACUUUGCUCUGCGUCCUCGCUCGCCCAGCCUCCCCCCUGCUCUCCCCUCUCCUGACCACCCCCAUCCCCCCCCCACCACCACCCCUCCAGGGGAGUGGCCGUGUGCGGUAGCGUGCAGUGUCGCCGUUGUUAUUUAAAUAAGAAACUAAAAUGAUGUAAUAAAGCCAUUUCACAUGAG